GGGGCUUCGCCGCGGCAGACGGCGCUGGAGCGAGAGUGGCGGUGGUGAAGCGGCCAUGAAGGCGGGAGCUACUUCCAUGUGGGCUUCCUGCUGUGGGUUGCUGAAUGAAGUCAUGGGUACUGGAGCUGUCCGUGGCCAGCAGGCUGGCUUUGGGGGAGGUGCUGGCCCAUUCAGAUUCGCACCAAAUACAGACUUCUCAGCAUACCCAUCUCCAGCUGCGGCAGGCGCUAACAUCGUUUGCAAAGCCUGUGGACUUUCCUUUUCAGUUUUUAGGAAAAAACAUGUGUGUUGUGACUGCAAGAAGGAUUUUUGCUCAGUUUGUUCAGUCUUACAAGAGAAUCUCAGAAGAUGUUCCACUUGUCACUUGCUGCAAGAAACAGCCUUUCAGCGCCCUCAGUUAAUGAGAUUGAAAGUAAAGGAUCUGCGUCAGUAUCUGAUUCUCAGAAACAUACCAACGGAUACUUGCAGAGAGAAAGAAGACUUGGUGGAUCUCGUGCUGUGCCAUCAUGGAUUAGGUUCGGAGGAGGAUAUGGACGCUAGUAGCUUGCAUUCCUCACGGUCACAGACUUCGGGCUUUUUUACUCAUCCAUUUUCUAUGUCUGUAUCGGUGUCGUCUCAAGGGGAACUCGCAAACAGAAGGGGAAGCACAGGAAAUGGAACACCUUUACGGGGACAAAUGGAAACAUCCUCUAUAAAUAAUGAAGAAGAAGAAAGUGCAGAAGAGCAGACCCCUGGAUUGUCCAGAAAGCGAGUGAGGGCAUCUUUGUCUGAUAUUUCAAGUCUGGAAGACAUUGAAGGGUUGAGUGUUCGGCAGCUGAAGGAAAUACUUGCGUGUAAUUUUGUCAACUACUCAGGAUGCUGUGAAAAAUGGGAACUUGUGGAAAAAGUGAGCAGACUAUACAGAGAGAGUGAGGAAAACCACAAGACACAGGGUGAGAAGAUGCAGCUGAACGACAACGAUGAUAACCUGUGUCGGAUCUGCAUGGACGCCAUCAUUGACUGCGUCCUGCUGGAGUGCGGCCACAUGGUCACUUGCACCAAGUGCGGCAAAAGGAUGAGCGAGUGCCCCAUCUGCCGACAGUACGUCGUACGGGCCGUGCAUGUGUUCAAAUCUUAAACCAAGACCAAAACCAGAUUUUAUAGUCACCCUUCCCGGAUUUCUGUGGGCAGCAGUGCCGAACCUUGGGGCGAUGUCAGCUUUUUAGUUCUCUAUAAACACAGCAUUUUCAACAUCAGCAUCCACGAGUUUGUGAAACAUUUUUCUACGGCAUCCUGAAUCCCAUGGUUGGGCAGUACGAUACGAUGCCUGUGCGUACAGUACUAGCGCUGCCUGACUGACUUACCUUGUAAAUCCACAAACUCUUUGAGUCAAACUGUUUACAGCAGUUCUUGCUCUCUUCUGAAGAAUAUCACCUUUACUGGUCACAUUCAGGACUCAGCAAGGGGCUGGAGAACACCUCUGCUCGACUGCAUUAGCGUGUUAUGUUGUCUAGUGCAUUAGAAGCAAUGAAUAUAUCAGUUGAAUAUUCAGCUUUUAUGUAACUAUAGAAUGUAACUGUUCUGACACUGUCCCUGCAACAGUGUUAACAGUAUAAAAUAGGACUGUAGAAAGCACUGCCAUUAACUGUACCUGCAGAGAAGCCCUUAAGCAAUCUAUUUUAUGCUGAUUGCUCCGUUCCGAAUGUCUGUCAUGACAUGUGUCAUGUCUUGGCUAUUCCUUGUAAAUGUACAGAAAGCUCUGUCGCUUUGCAGGUCUCUGCCACAUGCUGUCCAACUACCAAUUACUAAGUGUUUUUUAGUUUAGGAAUAAAAUAUUUUUUUAAAAGAGGGGUAUAGUAAACCAUAUUGUUGUGGUCCUUAAUCCACUCAUGCCUCUUGUGACUAUUAAUCUUACGUGUGAUGAUUGUACACCACGUGCUGACAACAUGAUGUUACUGUGAAUACUAAUCAGGGUCAUGAAACUAUUUGCUGCUAACAUGUGGAAUGUAUGGUGUUACUGACCUUAAAGGGGGGAGGGAAACAUGGUCUAUGUUUAAAACCUCAUGUUCACAGGCUUCUGACCAAGGCUAAGCCACUAUUAACCAUGCUUCCCCUUGGCUGCUGAAUGACCCCUGUUGCUGUCACCCCUUGCUCCAGUUUCUGGCUGGGGUAAGGGCCCUCUUGGAGCAAGAAUUUCCAUGGUCCUUGCAGGAUAUCUGUGACAGACGACCUGGGGAACACAGAGAGCAGCAAGAACCACUCAUGUUCUGGGGACAGGCUGCCUGUGGCCAUGACAGUGUCUGAUUUGAGUUCACUGUAAAAAAAAAAA